AUGCAGUGCUACACUGAAUUGAUAUCUCCGACAGGAGUUACUCAUGCCUUGGCAGUUCCUUUUCUUUCAGCGACUGCUAACAACCUGAUCGUCGCCCGGACUUCGCUUCUUCAAAUUUUCUCUUUACGCGAUGUGUCAUUGAGUGCACUUGAUACGGAAGUUCGACCGGCGCAACACAGGCAGGAAACGUGCAAGCUGGUCUUGGAAAGGGAAUAUCAACUGCCAGGUACAGUAACUGAUAUCUGUCGGGUAAAGAUUUUGAAGACAAAGAGCGGCGGAGAUGCAGUUCUUGUGGCCUUCCGAGAUGCUAAAUUGAGCUUGGUUGAAUGGGACCCGGAGCGCUACGGGUUAUCCACUAUUUCUAUCCACUACUACGAGCGUGAUGAUAUGACCCGUAGUCCAUGGGCGUCUGAUUUGAGCACUUGCGGCAGUAUCUUGAGCGCCGACCCGGGCAGUCGAUGCGCAAUUUUUCAAUUCGGCGCACGAAGUCUUGCUAUUAUACCUUUUCACCAGCCCGGGGAUGACUUAGUGAUGGACGACUUUGGCUCCGAACCUGACUACGAGAAUAGGGUAGAAGGGAAUUCGAGAAGUCAUGAAGCUAAAGAUAAAGACGCCGCUGAGUACCAAACUCCGUAUGCGUCGUCCUUCGUCUUGCCCUUGACUGCGUUGGACCCUUCAGUCAUCCAUCCCAUAAGUCUGGCCUUCCUUUACGAAUACAGGGAGCCGACCUUUGGCAUAUUGUACUCGCAAGUUGCUACUUCACAUGCCCUACUUCACGAACGAAAAGAUGUUGUUUUUUAUACGGUCAUUACGCUUGAUUUAGAACAACGUGCCUCUACAACCUUGCUUUCUGUUACUAGACUACCUAGCGACCUGUUUAAAGUGGUAGCUCUCCCCCCUCCUGUAGGAGGAUCGCUACUUAUCGGAUCCAACGAACUCGUGCAUAUCGACCAGGCAGGGAAAACCAAUGCAGUUGGGGUCAAUGAGUUCUCUAGGCAAGCAUCUUCGUUUUCCAUGACCGAUCAAUCCGACCUGGCCCUUCGUCUCGAGAAUUGCGUCGUGGAGCGCUUUUCUGACGAUAAUGGUGACCUUCUUUUGGCACUCUCGACCGGGGUAUUCGCUCUGGUAAGCUUCAAGCUUGAUGGAAGGUCAGUAUCUGGUAUAUCUGUUCGGCCCUUGUCCGGUCCGUCAAAAGAGUUCCUGGCUUCGACCGCAUCGUCUUCAGCUUUCCUAGGCAACGGCAAGGUCUUCUUUGGCAGCGAGAGCGCGGAUUCUGUCCUGCUAGGCUGGUCUUCUGCCUCAUCAGCCACAAAGAAAUCCUUCUCUGGGAGCACUUCAAACGAUGAAAGUGAAGAUGACGCUUACGAAGACGAUCUAUACUCUUCUGCGCCUGCUGCCAUGACAGACAAUCCUCAAAAUCAACCGAGCAAUUCGUCUGUCGCUGCGUUUGGUGAUUUGCGAAUUCACGACAGGCUUUCCAGCCCUGGUCCUAUCAGAGACAUUGUGCUCGGGAGGAGCUCUGAAGCGUCUUCGCGUGACACAAAAGACGGCGUGCUAGAGCUAGUGGCAGCUCAAGGCUCGGAUGAAGGUGGUACAAUGGUGAUUAUGAAGCGGGAGGUUGAUCCGUAUCUUGUAGCAUCAAUGGCUGCAGACACAGCAAACUCCCUCUGGACAGUCUCUUUGCUACCGGAUAACAAUGAUCAAAAACGUGACUAUGUCAUACUGUCAAAGCAGGAGAAACCUGACAAAGAGGAGUCCGAGGUGUUUGUGCUAGAGGAUAAACUCAGGCCAAUUACGGCGCCUGAAUUUAAUCCGAACCAUGAAUUGACCGUAGAAAUCGGUACCUUGGCCAGCAAGAGUAGGGUAAUCCAGGUAUUGAGGAACGAGGUGCGAAGUUAUGAUGCUGUAUGGGACGAGGACGAUAGUGAUGAGAGAGUAGCUGUCAAUGCUACUCUCGUGGACCCUUACUUGGCGAUCAUACGAGACGAUUCAACCUUACUACUACUACAGGCCGAUGACAGCGGAGACCUUGAUGAAGUGACAUUGAGCGAGGAUGUCGUAAGUCAAAAGUGGCUGUCUGCCUGCUUCUACAGCGAUAAUGCUGGUUUCUUCACUGCUCCUUUUGCUUCGAUCCUGUUCCUAUUGAACCAGGAUCAUCAGUUAUAUGUAUACCGACUGCCCGACUUUGCCGUGAUAUCAGUUAUUGAAGGAGUAGGCUGUUUACCGCCUAUCCUGUCCACCGAGCCUCCCAAGCGAUCUACUACGCGUGAAAAUGUAUUACAAAUCGCUGUUGUGGAGCUUGGUGACUCUUACAGCAGCCUGCCCUUUUUAAUCCUUCGAACUGAAAAUGACGACUUGGUUGUGUAUAAGCCGUUCUUCACUAACUCAAAGGAGCUGACUGGCUUGAGAUUCCUGAAAGAAGCAAACCAUACACUUCCAAAGACUCCCAAUACGACAGACGAGUUGCAAUCAGAAAUGAAACCUCUUCGCAUCUUACCGAACAUUGCGGGCUGUAGUAGCAUUUUCAUGCCUGGGCCUUCAGCGGGUUUCAUUUUCCGAGCUUCAACUACCUCGCCCCAUUUUAUUCGCCUAAGAGGUGGUUUUAUCAAGGGGCUAGGUUGUUUUGAUUCUCCAGAUAAAGGAUUCGCUUACCUUGACUCGCAUGGCCUUCAUUUAGCUAAACUUCCAGAAGGGACACAGCUUGGCUACCCAUGGAUAAUGAGAACGGUUCCAAUAGGGCAGCAAAUUGACAAACUGACAUACGUGUCUGCUUCCGACACGUAUGUUCUCGGGACAUGUCAGAGAUGCGAAUUUAGAUUGCCCGAAGAUGACGAAUUACAUCCAGAAUGGCGUAACGAAGAAAUAUCCUUUUUGCCCGAGGUAAACCAAAGCUCGCUCAAGGUCGUGAGUCCGAAAACGUGGUCUGUUAUUGACAGUUAUCCACUGGAGCCCGCUGAGCAUAUAAUGGUUAUGAAAACCAUGAGCUUGGAAGUCUCUGAGAAUACACAUGAACGCAGAGAUAUGAUUGUGGUGGGAACAUCGCUGGCUCGCGGAGAGGAUAUACCAUCACGCGGUUGUAUAUAUGUUUUCGAAGUUAUCGAAGUAGUUCCUGACCCAGAACAACCUGAGACGAAUCGCAGGCUGAAACUUAUUGGCAAGGAGCCUGUGAAGGGAGCUGUGACUGCGCUGUCCGAGAUCGGUGGCCAAGGCUUCCUCAUUGCUGCGCAGGGCCAGAAGAGCAUGGUCAGAGGUCUGAAAGAGGACGGAAGCCUUCUGCCUGUUGCAUUUAUGGACAUGCAGUGCUUUGUUAGCGUGAUCAAGGAACUCAAGGGAACCGGAAUGUGUAUUUUUGGAGACGCAGUGAAGGGUCUCUGGUUCGCAGGCUAUUCAGAGGAGCCUUAUAAGAUGAGCCUUUUUGCAAAAGACCUUGAUUAUCUCGAGGUACUGGCAGCAGACUUUCUCCCCGACGGCAACAAACUAUUCAUUGUCGUUGCCGAUAGCGAUUGCAAUCUCUACGUACUUCAGUACGACCCUGAAGAUCCAAACUCGUCCAAUGGCGACAAACUGCUGAACCGCAGCAAAUUCCACACCGGAAACUUUGCCUCCACCGUAACCCUUCUGCCACGAACCCUAGUCUCCUCCGAGCGCGCCAUGUCCGGCUCUGACAAAAUGGAUAUUGACAACACAGCACCCCUCCACCAAGUUCUCGUCACCUCCCACAAUGGCUCUAUCGGCUUAGUGACCUGCGUCCCUGAGGAAUCCUACCGCCGCCUCUCAGCCCUCCAGUCCCAACUUACAAACACUCUCGAGCACCCGUGUGGUCUUAAUCCUCGUGCCUACCGCGCCGUUGAGAGCGACGCCAGCGCCGGUAGAGGCAUGCUCGACAGCAAUCUGCUCCUCCAGUACCUGGACAUGAGCAAGCAGCGCAAGGCUGAGAUUGCGGGAAGAGUUGGCGCCACGGAGUGGGAGAUUCGGGCUGAUCUUGAGGCCAUCAGUGGUGGAGGACUCGGGUAUCUUUGAUAUAGUUUGGGGGUGUUGGUAUUGUUCUUCUUAGAUCAUCUAAUCACUUCACUGUAAUCCAUGCCGCAAACUAGUCAGUAAUUUUUCUACUUACCAUGACAUUUUGCAUGCGGCGAAGCACUG